AUAAAAGCCAGCAAUUUUCUUGUUCUCAAGUGUAUGCUGAGCUGAGUAAAUCAUUUUCAGUUAAUUAACAAGUCUAUGUUUAGUCAAAACAUGGAGGAAAGAGAUGUGAUCAUCAGGCAAAUAGAACUUCUUCAAGAUCUCAUCAACAAACACAAGAGUGUCCAUGGAGAUGUUCCGUCUACCACUGAGCAGAGGCAUCAGCAUGUACCACCGUCAGCCAGAGGUCACAGAGGUCACAGCAGAUCCCUGGUUCACCCAUACACCUCCAGAGGAGGACUUUAUAGUCAUGAGUCUCGUGGAUGUUGGCGGAAAACACACUCUCUCAGAAACAAAGGCCCGCAAUCCACUGUUGGACACCACUCCUCUACCUCCUCCCCCACAGCCCAGUCUAGUGCCCCCCCUGUCCCACCUGCCAGUAGCAGCAUCUCAGCGCCCAGCUGCAGCAAAGAACCAGAAACGGAUAGAACUAAAGCAGCUGCUUCAUCAACUACUGGAGUUCCCGAACCAAAUAGUACGUUAUUGUCCUCUACUUUGGGAAAAGGAACAAAGUUACCCUCCACCAUUCCCAGCCAAGCUUCAGUAACCAAGUCAAAGUUUACUUGGGUGAAGAGCCAGGAUAUGGGAGGCGAAGAAUCUAAAAAAAGUAGCGUAAUCUCUCCACCAGCCAAUAAAACUGUGAAGGUUUCACCAACACCAGCCACAAAAACUGCAGCUGCCAGUGGAGGCUCACCAACAGUGUUUAAGCGAGCCAGUGCCAAGAAGCUUCCCAGAAAACUCAGCCCUGUCACUGUGGACCCCAAGGCCUCCAAGUACAAAUGGGUUUCCGCAAAAGCCAAGGUCCCCAGGAAACCACUGUCACCCAAAACCUUGACUCUACAGAGAACUCCAGAAAUGGUCGAGGUCACCAAGAGAAUAAGAACGCCCACCUCUUCUUCUGCAAAAAUCAAAAGAACAAGCAUCUCUACGCCGUCCAGUCGCUAUCGAUGGAAGGCUGCGGGGCAGAUUACAGCUGCAGGGGCAACAGCACGAGCAACGGGGACUCAACGGAAGUCUGCCUUCCACUGGACGGCAGACAAAAGUCACAAGGGAGGGAGAGGAACUGCCUCCUCUUCCACCUCCUCUGCCUCCUCUCCUGCUGGAUUCAAGCUACGCAGUAGAAUGAAGAUCAUUAGGAAGUCUGCUAAAAGUGGAGGUGGGUCAGAAAGAGGAAGCAGCCCGUCAGCCGGAAAGUCCUUGCCACGAGGACAAAUGCACUUCUCACCCAGGACUCACACAGGCAUCAGGAGGACACCUUCCAGGGAGCUAGUGUCCUUCAAUCGUCACAAACUGAGGCGCGUACCCCAUCCUUCCUCAUCAAGAACAAGUUCUACCUACUCCUACCACCGUGUCCCUGCCGGCCAGCAGGUGUUCAGGACACGCUACAAGAUGGUGACCCGACCGGGCUCCAGCGCCACACACCACCUCCAUUAUAACCCCACCCUCUCCUGGAGAGCCAAACGGAUCCAAUCAGCCAGGAGUUUCCUCCAGAGCCGCCUGCGCUCCACACAACACAGACACCCAUCAUCCACCCAGUGCUGGAGAGGAAGCAGCAUGUGCUGGAUUAGGGGCUCGCUGUACCGGGUGUCGGCCAACAAACUGUCCCGCACCGUGACAGCCAACAUAUCCAUCAACCGCAAAGGACAUCCUUCUAGUCCCAACACCUUGUCCAUGACAACUGCCUGGAACCGGACCUCCAGCACUCGUUAUAUGGCCAGCCGUGCGGGUCAGCGGAGCCUCGCCAUAAUCAGACACGCUCGCCAGAAGAAGCAGCAAAAGCAGUUCUGCAUGUACUACAACCGCUUCGGCAAGUGUAACCGCGGCGACAGAUGCCCCUACAUACACGACCCGGACAAGGUGGCCGUCUGCACCAGGUUCCUGCGAGGAACGUGCAAGAAAGCUGACGGUACUUGUCCGUUCUCUCACAAGGUGGCAAAGGAGAAGAUGCCGGUUUGUUCCUUCUUCCUGAAGGGAAUCUGUAACAACAGCGAGUGUCCAUACAGCCACGUCUACGUUUCCCGCAAAGCUGAAGUGUGUGAGGAUUUUGUCAAAGGCUACUGUCCACAGGGAGAAAAGUGUAAGAAGAAACACACUCUGGUGUGUCCAGAGUUUUCCAAGACUGGUUCCUGCCCUAAAGGAAGUCGGUGUAAACUGAAACACCGGCAGAAGAGAAGCACCAGUAACACUUCCGGUCCACCAGUGAAGAAAGUUCGGGCCAAGGAGUCCACUGAGAGUCUACAGACAUUCCCAGAGACGUCCACACCUGGUCCACUAUCACUGCCGUCUUUUAUCUCCCUCUGUAGCUCCCCGGAGGACCCGGAUACACCGGACACACCACCAGCUGAAACCUCACAGGUCAAAGAGAAACGGCUACAGAUCAAACCUCGGCUGUGAAGACCUCAGAGCAGCAGUGGAGCUUCAGGUUUGUCCUGACCUGUGUUUCUGAACACUUUAACUCAGGGUCUGAAGUUUUGUUUUGUUUUUUUGUUUUUUCUCUAUCCCCACGGCAGGUUCACAGCACAUGUCAGUAUCAGUGUUUACUGGUUUUAUGAAUAACUUUUGUAACUUUAAAAUAACAAAUAAAGAAGAUCCAAUCGUAA